AUGCGACUGAUUAUACUUUUCACCAUUGUUUUUAUUUCAUUGGCUGCAUCAUCACCAAUUUCAGUUGGUGAUGGUUUUUCUUUACCAACAAUAGAAAAUAUUGAAUCUCAUAUUGAUAAUUUAUGGACCAAUUUUAAAAAAGGUUAUAAUAUUGUUUACAAUACAGGUGCCGAAGAAAUUCAUCGUUUUAAAAUUUUUGCUAAUCAUGUUAAAAUGAUUGUUCAACAUAAUAUUGAACAUGACCUUGGUUUACAUACAUAUCGACUUGGAAUUAAUAAAUUUGCUACAUUGACUAAUGAAGAAUUUCGUCAAAUAUAUAAUGGAUAUCAACGUAAAAACUAUGAUCGUUCUCAAUAUUCAGAGCUUCGUCGAUCCUAUAUUCCUGCAUCACCAUUUGUCACUCUUCCAGUAUCAGUUGAUUGGCGUGAUCAAGGUAUUGUAACACCAGUUAAAGAUCAAGGUCAAUGUGGUUCAUGCUGGGCAUUUAGUACUACUGGUGCACUUGAAAGUCAUCAUGCACGAGCAACAGGUAAAUUAGUUAGUUUAAGUGAACAACAACUUGUUGAUUGCUCAACAAAUUGGGGUAAUAAUGGAUGUAAUGGUGGUUUAAUGGAUAACGCCUUUAAAUAUGUACAUGACAAUAAAGGUAUAGAUAAUGAAGACAGUUACCCUUACGUUGGCAAAGAUGAAGCAGCUUGUAAAUUUCGUCGAAAAUCUGUUGCUUCAACAUGUGAUGGCUUUGUUGAUAUUCCGCAUGCAAAUGAAACAGCAUUACAAGAAGCAUUAGCUCUUCAAGGACCUGUUUCAGUUGCUAUUGACGCUGGUCAAUCAUCGUUUCAAUUCUAUGUUUCUGGUGUUUAUUCUGAUCCAAAAUGUUCAUCCGAAGAACUUGAUCAUGGUGUUUUAGCUGUUGGUUAUGGUAUUUUAAAUGAUCCUGUAAAAGGUCAACAAGAAUAUUACAUUGUUAAAAAUAGUUGGUCAGCUGCAUGGGGAGAUAAAGGAUAUAUUAAAAUAGCUCGUAAUAAGAAAAAUAUGUGUGGUAUCAGCAGUAUGGCCAGCUAUCCACUUGUUACAGAUAAAUUCUUAGCAGAAAUUGAUUUUUUGGAAGAAUAA